AUGGAAAAAUCCAAAAACUUCAGAAUUGACGCCCUGCUCGCUGAUGAGACGAACCGCGUGAGUCGAGACCUCUCCCCCGGUCUGAGCAGCGACAGCCCCGCAGGCAGCCCGGUCUCCUGCCGCCGCGCGGACACCCCGUCUCCACGGGCCGCACACCUUCAAGGAUUACUCCACAAACCGGGGGUUCUAACUCUCCCUCAUCCAGGACUUGCUUCACUUCCCGGCAUGUAUCAUGCACCCAUGUACCCGUUAUCCGCGUUGGGUGGCCAGCACCCCGCGUUCGCGUACACCGGCUUCACACAGCUCACACACACCUACCCGGAGCACCUGAAGGCGGCUGCGAUGGCGGGGUCUCUGCCCCUGGAGCACUGGUUCCGCGCCGGGCUCAUGAUGCCACGACUGCCAGAUUAUACCACGGGCCCUCAGGCCGGGCUGUUGGGGAAGUGCCGGAGGCCUCGCACCGCCUUCACCAGCCAGCAGCUGCUGGAGCUGGAGAACCAGUUCAAGCUCAACAAAUACCUUUCCAGACCUAAACGCUUUGAGGUGGCCACCUCACUCAUGCUGACUGAAACACAGGUCAAGAUCUGGUUCCAGAAUCGGAGGAUGAAGUGGAAACGCAGCCGGAAGGCGAAGGAGCAGGCCUCCUCCGCCUCGCAGUCUGAGGCCAAGCAGCCACGCAGCGGAGGAAAAACAGCCAAAGACAAAACAAAGGAGAGCCGGCAAACUGCGAACGCAGACGACAGAGGGAUAGAUCUCGAUCUGGAGGAUGGAGAAGAGGAGGAGGAGGAGGAAGAGGAGGAGGAGGAGGAGGAGGAGGAGGAGGACGUCCAGCGUGGUUUUCCUGUUGGGAUGCCGCGAGCCACGGACUUCUUGCAGAGCAGCACCGAUGUUGGCUACAAUCCCCACAGCCCUUUCUCUGACGAGGAGCUGGAGGAAGUAGGAGGAGGUGACAGGAAGAUCGGGGCAGGACUGUGAACAGACACUUUGGUUUCCUGAGAAUUACAGACACUUUACACUGGGACACGUCUGUGCUUGUGGUCAAGGACAAUCCCACAAAUAUACUUUAUAAACCAUCUGUGAAUAAAAUCUUCUCUACUGUACAUUUCGUAGCAUGCCAAGAAAUAAAAUAAAAAAAGGUUCUCAUUUCCUCCCAAAAUGUUGCCGUUUCGAUGCCAAUCACCUUCCGGUGACCUCGUCUUUGCUCCAUCCGCUGACAGCUGGAGCUCCACCCAGUGAACACACAUGGCUGAAGGCUGCGUACAGUGGAUGCGUAUACAGUGGAAAUGCCUCCACUGCAUCGUGAAGACAACAAAAUACAACGUAGACAAG